AUGCCAGGUGCCAACUGCGCUUUGUAUGGCUGUGGAACAAGUCGAAGGAGUAAUCUUUCGCUGUUCAAAAUACCUUUUCCUGCUCGAGGCGACGGAGACAAAACCGCAAAGUUGAAGUCUGAUGCUCGGAAAGAAUGGCUAAGAGUAAUUCUAAGGACACGAGAAAACACGCCAGAGUUGAAAAAAAGAAUAAAUGAAAAUAAUAUAUUCUUAUGUGAGCUGCAUUUCAAACCCGAGUUGAUUUAUCAACGUAAGUAUCUCUUUAUUUUCUUUGUUUUUGCGCAAAUAUAUGGUAAUUAGACACUUGUCUACAUACAUACAUAAACAUUCACUUCCAUGGGUUAUCAAGAAGUGCAACGACCUUGAAAUAAGGAUGGAACUUUGGGACAAUAACUAUUCGCUACCGAAGUUUGUUUUACAUGUCGAUCAAUGUUUGCAAUUUUCGUUGCAUAUUUUUAACUGGCUACUGCCCGACGACCACAGUAGGGAGUUUACGAUGUACGACGUGGUCAGCUCGACGACGUCGAGUCAAAUUAUGUUUGAAAUAAUCCACAGGAAUUUAAUUAUACUGCUUUAAUUGUCUAAAGCAUGUUUUAAUAAUCUUACAAAUGUUUAAAUUUGACUAAACUACUCCGAUCUUUAGCUAAUGUUGUCAUUCUGUCAACGUUAUAAAACAGCUCCCAUGUCGCAACGAGCUUUCAUAUCGCUAGGAAGCCGUGAAAAUUACUCGUUUGACGGUGUCGCAGAAUGGCAACACUGUUGACAAAACAUUUGAAUUUACAAAUUAUCCAUCCCUUUUGUCUCGCAUGACGUGUUUCUUUGUCUUGCAAGCGCGUUGUCGAGCUGGCCGCGUCGUGAAUCGUAAACUCUCUAGUAUCUACACUGCUCAUCGACGUCGAAUCACCUCUGCUGGAGUUGUUGAACUCUUUCAAUCUCUUCAAGACGAUGACUUCUUGAUAUGCGAAGGACUACACCAACACGCUGAAUACCUCACCACCAUUGCAAAAGAUCCUGAUGACCAAACCCAUCCACUCCACCCAUCUGAUGUUGUACGGCAUUCUAUCCCAAAGAGUGUAGAAAUGGAUACAAAUUUUCGAGUUUUAGCUGUUUUUCGCUGUGUUACUUGUCAGGUUUUAGUUCGCAGACAAGAUCAAGGUGACGUUAUCUGUGAACCAUGCAAACAACUACAAAGGAAAAUUGUAGCACAGCAAAAUCGCAGUACACGCCAAUCGAGUGCCCCUGCUAAGGAUAAAGCUCCCCUUACUCGUUGCAGUGCGGACAAGCUGAGAGCAACAGUAGUGGAAAGUCGGGUAAAGUGUUCUUUGCUCGAAGCGAAAGUGAAAAGCCUCCAAGUUCAAAUCGAAAAGGAUUCAAUCACAGUUAGUGAGACCCUUGAAAAGGAUGUGUUGACAAUCAUGGGUGGACAUAACUUAGAAAGCACACCACACAUGAAGUUCUUUUGGGAACAACAAGUCCGCCUGCGGCAAGCCAAUCAAUUUGGACGGAGGUUUCAUCCUCAAGUAAUUAGAUUUGCAUUGUCCGUUCAUUGCAAGUCUGCUUCUGCCUAUAGAGAGCUGAGAGACAGUGGUGCCCUCAUAUUGCCCAGUGAACGAGUUCUUCGGGACUACAGAAAUUAUUUCAAACCUGGAGCUGGCAUUACCAAAGAAAACGUUGAGGAGCUCAAAGAAAAAGCAUCGAAGUUUUCUGGGAUUCAUAAGUAUGUGGCAGUGAUCAUGGAUGAAAUGAAGAUCCAGGAGAACCUUGUGUUUGACAAGACGUCUGGUGAGCUGAUUGGCUUCAUAGAUCUUAGUGAUCCUUUAACCACCUUUGCCAAUACUGACGAAGAAACCCCAAUUGCAUCCCAUGCACUGACAUUGUUGGUUAGGGGGCUUUGCACCAAUUUGAAGCAUGUAGUUGCCUACUACUUUACUGGCAAUGUUACAUCAUUUCAACUACUUCCUUUGUUUUGGAAAGUGGUUGGAGUGCUUGAAACCACAGUAAAGUUGUGGGUAAUUGCUGCUGUCAAUGAUGGUGCUUCCCCUAACCGGAAAUUCUUUGCACUCCAUGCCAAGCUUGGUGGCACACUACCCUGUGGUCUAGUGUACGAGACACCCAAUCUUUUCGUUCUGACUCGGAUGAUAUACUUCUUUGCUGAUGUACCUCAUCUUAUCAAAACCACUCGAAAUUGUCUCUACAAUUCAGGAUAUGGAUCACAUAGUCG